UUGACCUCUUUCUUUUUUCCACACAGCAGGCCAUUUGGCACCUGCAACAACAGUGCGAUGGCCAGUGGAGAGGAUGUGAUUGAGCCAGUGGCUGUGAGUUCUGCAGCCCAUAACCUGGACAGAAGGCGAUUCUCCCAUGACGUCCACCAUUUGAGUCCAGAUGAGUUGGAUGGCCUCGUUUCAAACAGUGAUGGGCGUUCUUUUCAAAUUGUUCAUCACCUCCCUGAAAUUAAACAUGAACAGUACUUAAUGCCCAACAGUCCUAUCACAUGCAGAGUGGAUAACACAGAGAGAUACACUACUCGCUCAAAGGUCAAUGUAGGAACCCUGUACACAGUGUAUCUAACACACGGCCCUUUCCACUGGGUAGUGAAGAGGAAGUACAAGCACUUUCAGGAGCUGCAUCGAGACCUUCACAAGCACAAGAUUUUGCGCCACUUGAACCUCCGGGGAAGGUCAAAAUACCUUGAGGAGUACCUGAAUGGCAUACUGGAAAAUAAAUUCUGUAAGAAUGACCAUAGCAUGCUGGAAUUUCUUUCUGUUAGUGCUCUCUCCUUUGUCACUGAUCUGGGACCCAAGGGCUUGGAGGGACCCAUUAUCAAGAGGUCAGGAGGUCACCGGAUCCAAGGUCUGAACUGCAUUGGUCAUCACCAAUUUUGUUUCCGCUGGUCGCACCGCUGGCUGGUGGUGAAAGACUCCUUCCUGAUGUAUAUGAACCGUCGGAGCGCCAACAUCAACUUUGUGCUGCUAUUCGACCCGGAGUUCAAAGUCCAAGUGGGCCACGCCUACACAGACACAAAACAUGGACUCUGCAUUGAGAAUUUUACCCGGAACUUAAUAAUCAAAUGCAGAAGUUAUAGACAAACUCAAUGGUGGACUCAUGAAAUCAACGGGCUGGCUGACCGCUGUGACUUCCUGAAGUUGCAUCGCUUUGAGGGAUUUGCUCCACCACGAGAGGCCUCUCUCACUAAAUGGUAUGUGAAUGGAAGUGGCUACUUUGCAGACCUUGCUGAUGCUCUUGAGAAGGCCAAGGAGGAAAUCUUCAUUACCGAUUGGUGGCUUAGCCCUGAAGUGUUUCUAAAGAGGCCAGCAACUGAUACUCACUGGCGUCUGGAUGAGAUACUUAAACGGAAAGCAGAAGAAGGAGUCAAAGUGUGUGUCCUUCUGUACAAAGAAGUAGAGGUGGCCCUUGGCAUUAAUAGUGACUACAGCAAGAGGACCCUUAUGAAUAAGAAUCCGAACAUCAAGGUAAUGCGACAUCCUGACCAUUUGUCGUCUGUGGUGUUCUUUUGGGCUCACCAUGAAAAGAUGGUGGCGAUUGAUCAGACUGUAGCCUUCGUAGGGGGCAUUGACCUGGCUUUCGGAAGGUGGGAUGACAGUCAGUACCGACUGACAGAUUUGGGUUUGACUGAAACAUCAAAUGGUGCAACAGAGGAACAGCCCUCGGCAGAAGUGACAGAUAAUGGUGUGGCUGAUGGCCAAAAAACAGAUGACCCAGCACAACAGGCCCCAGACAAUCUGACUGGUAACACGAAGCUAUGGCUGGGCAAAGACUACAGUAACUUCAUCGCAAAAGACUGGGUUCAGCUGGACAGGCCGUUCGAAGAUAACAUCGACCGCACGAAAGUGCCUCGCAUGCCCUGGCGUGAUCUGUCUGCGGCUAUUCACGGCAGAGCUGCCAGAGAUGUAGCCCGCCACUUCAUCCAGCGCUGGAACUUCACCAAGAUCUUCAAAAUCAAGUACAAGGAUGAUUUCUACCCCUACCUUCUUCCCAAGUCUCACUCGACUGCAGACUCUCUGUCAUUCACGGUGCCUGGCUCUAGGAAAGCCAAAGUUCAGGUGUUGCGCUCUGCCGAUCGUUGGUCGACAGGGACCUGUGAGAGCUCCAUCCUCAAAGCCUACGUGACCACCAUUGAGAACAGCGAACACUACAUAUACAUCGAGAACCAGUUCUUCAUCAGCUGUGCCGACGGGAAGUCCAUCCACAACGGGAUUGGUGAUGCAAUUGUGAAUCGAAUCCUGCGUGCUCACAGAGAACAGAAGAAAUACAGAGUGUUUGUGGUGAUCCCUCUGCUUCCUGGUUUCGAGGGAGACAUUAGCACAGGAGGGGGAAAUGCCAUCCAAGCUAUUCUGCACUUCACCUAUAGGACAAUGUGCCGUGGGGAGCACUCCAUUUUGUCAAGACUUAGUGAGGUAAAGGACCAGUGGCCGGAGUACAUCACCUUCUGUGGCCUCAGAACACAUUCCCAGCUCUGCCAGUCGCUUGUCACAGAGCUCAUCUAUGUUCACAGCAAAACUCUCAUCGCUGAUGACCGCUGUUAUAUCAUUGGAUCAGCCAACAUCAAUGACCGCAGCAUGCUGGGCUCUAGAGAUAGUGAGCUGGCAGUGUUUGUGGAAGAUGAGGAGAGGGUCCCAUCCAUCAUGGGAGGAGAGGAGUACCAAGCAGGACCACUCACACUUGCUCUGCGUAAAGAGUGUUUCAGUGUUCUGGUUGGAGCAGCUUCAGAUCCCAGCAUUGUCAUAGAUGAUCCGAUUUGUGAUGAAUUCUUCUUCAUGGUGUGGAAUGAAAGAGCUAAACAGAACGCCAACAUCUACGACAAGAUAUUCAAAUGCCUGCCGUGCAACACUGUUCGCAACAUGCAGGAGCUGAGGCAGUACUCCGUCCAGGAACGCCUCUGUGAGACAGAUCCUGAGCAAGCAGCAGAGGAGCUGAAGGCCGUCCGGGGCCUGGUGGUUCACUUCCCUCUGAAAUUUCUGUGUGAGGAAAACCUGCUGCCCCCACGGAAUACUAAAGAGGGCAUGGCUCCCCAAGAGCUGUGGACAUAA